AUGUGCACCGCCAGUUCCUGUGACCUGGAGGAGAUCCCCCUGGACGAUGAUGACACAAACAGCAUAGAAUUCAAAAUUCUGGCCUUCUACACCAAACACCAUGUCUUCAAGAACACCCCUGCCAUCUUCUCGCCAAAGCUGCUGAGAACAAGAAGUUUGUCCAUCAAAGAGCAGGGGGGUUGGUCAGCAAACGAAUCAUGGACACAGGUGUCAUGGCCUUGCAGAAAUUCCCCAUCCAGGGAGAAGCCCCUAGACCUGGCCAAGAAAAAGUCUUCCUGGAGGACAUUCUUUGGAGUAAUCGAGAAGGAGGAAGAUGCACAGAGCUCAGAGGUAUUCGUUUCGGAGGGUGCCACCGUGAAACAUCAGGAUGGUCCUCAGAGUCAGCAGUGGUCGAGGUCCCUCACCAACGUGGGACCGCGCACAGAGCAGGAAGCUGUGGACCCCAAAGUUGCUUCUAUUGCCCACCGCGUUGCCGAAAUUGUUUAUUCCUGGCCGCCCGAAGAGCUCCAGGACCUGGUAGGAAGCUGCAAGUCCAAAGGGAGCUUUGUUCAUCAGUUCCUCCGCCGCCAGGGCCAGUGUUUCCAGACUCAAGCCACCAGCACUAAGAAAGAUGGAGAAGACGAGAUAAUAGCGAAAAUUGUUGAGCUGCUGAAAUAUUCAGGGGAUCAGUUGGAAAGAGAGUUGAAGAAGAACAAGGCUUUAAUGAACAGCUUCCAGGACCAGCUGUCCUACCCUGUUUUCAGGACCAUCACGGACCACUUCUUAAGGGGUGUGGACACCAGGGGAGAAUCAGAGGUCAGAGCUCAGGGCUUUAAGGCUGCCCUUGCAAUAGAUGUCACGGCCAAGCUCACUGCCAUCGACAACCACCCCAUGAACAGGGUUCUGGGUUUUGGAACCAAGUACCUGAAAGACAACUUCUCACCCUGGGUCCAGCAGCAGGGUGGAUGGGAAAAAGUACUUGGAAUAUCACAUGAAGAGGUAGACUGAAGCAUCAGAAGAGUUGUGAUUUGGAAUACACAUGA